CUCUUUGCUACUGCUCAGUCACUUCCUGUCGCUCAGCUUCUCCUGACGUCCCACAACCUGCCGUGCCGUGUGCUCAGAGCUCCAGGUGUCCUGCUAUCCAUCCCCCAAAACAACCAGAGCAACCAGGUAGAGCUGAAGGCUCCCCUGCAUGUCACAAGAUGGCCGCCACACAGAUCAACCAGGAAGAGAUUGAGGAUCUCAGAGAGGCCUUCGCCAAAAUCGAUGUGGACUCGAAGGGCCAUAUCAGCACAGACGAGCUGAAUGAGCUGUUCCGUACGGCCAACCUGCCCCUCCCGGGGUACCGCAUCCGAGAGAUCACCCAGAGCCUGGCGGCCACCGGGGCCCAACACCACGGCCAGGUCACCUUCGACCAGUUCCUCUCAGUAGUGAGUGGGCUAAAGAGCUCUGAGGUGGCGAAGACGUUUCGGAAAGCCAUCAACAAGAAGGAGGGGAUCUGCGCUGUGGCAGGAACGUCAGAGCAUUCCAGCUCAGGAACACAUCAUUCCUACUCGGAGGAGGAGAAGGUGGCCUUUGUAAACUGGGUGAACAAGGCCCUGGAGAAGGACCCCGACUGCAAGCACCUGCUGCCCAUGGACCCUGACACAGACAACCUGUUCAGCGCCGUGGGAGACGGCAUCCUCCUGUGCAAGAUGAUCAACCUCUCCGUGCCUGACACCAUCGAUGAGAGAACCAUCAACAAAAAGAAGCUCACGCCCUUCACCAUCCAGGAGAACCUGAACUUGGCGCUGAACUCGGCGUCUGCCAUCGGCUGCCACGUGGUCAACAUCGGGGCGGAGGACCUGAAGGAGGGCCGGCAGCACCUGGUCCUGGGCCUGCUCUGGCAGGUCAUCAAGAUCGGCCUGUUCGCCGACAUUGAGCUCAGCAGGAACGAGGCUCUGAUAGCCUUGCUCAGAGAUGGGGAGACUCUGGAGGAUCUGAUGAAACUCUCCCCUGAGGAGCUUCUGCUACGUUGGGCCAACUACCACCUGGAGCAGGCUGGGUGUGCCAAGAUCAACAACUUCAGCUCUGAUAUCAAGGACUCCAAGGCAUACUACAGCCUCCUGGACCAGGUGGCCCCCAAAGGAGAUGAAGACGGCAUCCCAGCAAUUCCCAUCGACAUGUCUGGGAUCAGGGAGAAGGAGGAUCUGAAGCGAGCGGAGUGCAUGCUCGAGCAGGCCGAUCGCUUGGGCUGCCGCCAGUUUGUCACAGCGACUGAUGUCAUCCGUGGAAACCCCAAACUGAACCUGGCCUACAUCGCCAACCUGUUCAACAAGUACCCCGCCCUGAAGAAACCAGAGAACCAGGACAUCGACUGGAGCUCCAUCGAGGGUGAGACCAGGGAGGAGAGAACCUUCCGGAACUGGAUGAAUUCCCUGGGCAUGAAUCCCAGAGUGAACCACCUCUACGCAGACUUGGAUGAUGCCCUGGUCAUCUUCCAGCUCUAUGAGAAGAUCAAGGUCCCGGUGGAUUGGAGCCGCGUGAACAAGCCCCCCUACCCCAAACUGGGGGGCAACAUGAAGAAGCUGGAGAACUGUAAUUACGCGGUGGAUCUGGGGAAGAAAGAGGCCAAGUUCUCUCUGGUGGGCAUCGCCGGGCAGGACCUGAACGCGGGCAAUAAAACCCUCACCCUCGCCCUGCUGUGGCAGCUGAUGAGGAGGUACACACUGAACAUCCUGGAGGACCUGGGCGAUGGACAGAAGGUGAACGAUGACACCAUUGUCACAUGGGUCAACAGCACACUCACCGAGGCUGGCAAAGGCACCAUCUCCGGCUUUAAGGACGGGGCCAUCAGUACCAGCCUGCCGGUUCUGGACCUCAUUGACUCCAUCCAGCCCGGCUCCAUCCGCUACGACCUGCUGAAGACAGCCGACCUGACUGACGAGGAGAAGCUCAACAACGCCAAGUACGCCAUCUCCAUGGCGAGGAAGAUCGGUGCUCGUGUGUACGCCCUGCCGGAGGACCUGGUGGAGGUCAAGCCCAAGAUGGUGAUGACCGUGUUCGCCUGCCUCAUGGCCCGCGGCCUGAAGAGAGCGUGAGCUCACCCAGCCCCCCCCAGGCCCCCCCAGCCCCCUCUCUACACUCCCAGCCCCACCCAGCC